GCGAGCGAGCGCCUGUCGAGCGGGCGGCUGUCCUUGUUUCGAGCGGAACGAGUGCGUGCAUCACACCGGGAUUUCUGCGUUCAAUAGCCUCGAGGCCAUGAAGACCCCGCCUGCCGCGCGCCUGGCGCUGGUUCUGCUGUCUUGCGUUGUAUGGAUGUUGUACACCUGCGCAGACGGAUUAACCGAUCUAUCAGGAUCAACCAAUUCUGGGCCAACAUGUGACAACGGAUGGACUCUUCACGGCUCCCACUGCUACAAGAAGGCCGGGACAACCAACGGUUGGCAGGGGGCUCGGUACGACUGCGCCUUAGAGGGCGGCGACCUUGUUUCCAUCACCGACGAGACCGUGGAAGACUUUGUGAAGAGGCAAAUGGGCGACAAGCCCUUCUGGAUCGGACUCUCCAAUCUGGACUGCACAAAGGAGUGGUGUUGGUUUUUUGAAGCGGGAGAAAAGGAGCUGACUUGGUCCAACACCAGUAUGACGCCGGACUACACCAACUGGGCCUGGGCUCAAAAGGGAAGCUCCAACGUUGAGUCCUGCGCCUACGUCAACCAAGGUGUGGCCCGCGGUGAGCCUGGCAAGUGGAGACAUGGAUCGUGCGGAUCCUCACUGGCGUACAUGUGCGAGCGGCCGCUCGACGCCUGCUCGAAUGGACGUACCUGUUCCCACAAAGCAUCUGCUUCCAUUUACUAUCGACAGGAGACUUCCUUCUGCGACUCUGGCGAGUUCCUGUACAAGGACUCGUGUUACCAUUUUGAGGGGACACGUAAAACCUGGCAAGAGGCUGAGGAUUUCUGCAAGAACAAGGGAGGUCACCUGGCCAGCCUCCACUCACUGGUUGACGGACAAUUUUUGUAUGUUCACGCCCGAGGUGAUUAUAAUUGGCUGGGACUCAAGAGGAACAAUGGCAAAUAUGAGUGGAGCGACAGAUCAACCACAAAUGACGUCCUGUGGGGUUCAGGAGACAGAUAUGAUGACUGCGCCCAAUUGCGUCCGCGUGGUUACGUUCACGUUUAUUCUUGCAGUGUGCAUUGGCAACUGAUCUGUCAAAAAGGCAAGGCCAGAGAUUCCUUCGAGUUUCGUUUGGCGCCGACAUCAGAAUCAGGACCAAUCAUUCCUGAGCCAACAUGUAACGCUAAAGUCGGAUGGACUCUUCACGGCUCCCACUGCUACAAGAAGAUGGCCCCAACCAACGGUUGGCUGGGCGCUCGUUACGACUGCCUCUGGGAGGGCGGCGACCUUGUUUCCAUCACCUCCAAGGACGAGGAAGACUUUGUGAAGAGUCAUAUGGGCAACGAGCCGUUCUGGAUCGGACUCUCCAAUCUGAAGUGCGACGAGGACUGGUGUUGGUUUUUUGAAGCGGGAGAAAAGGAGCUGACGUGGUCCAACACCAGUAUGACGCCGGACUACACCAACUGGGACCCGCGUCAAAAGGGAAGCUCCAACGUCGAGUCCUGCGCCUACGUCAACCAAGGUGUGGACCUCUACAAUCAGCCUGGAAAGUGGAGACAUGGCUCGUGCGGAUCCUCACUGGCAUACAUGUGCAAGUGGUCGCCCGACGACCGCCCGGACGGAUGGCCGUGUUCCUACAAAAACUUGGGUUACCGUUACAAUCGAGUUGAGACUUCCUUCUGCGACUCUGGCGAGUUCCUGUACAAGGACUCUUGUUACCAUUUUGAGGGGACACGUAAAACCUGGCAAGCGGCUGAGAAUUUCUGCAAGAACAAGGGAGGUCACCUGGCCAGCCUCCACUCACUGGUUGGCGGACAAUUUUUGUUUGCUCACGUGCGACGAGAUGGACAAGGAUGGUUGCCUUGGCUGGGACUCAAGAAGAACAAUGGCAACUUUGAGUGGAGCGACAGAUCAUGUCCAGAUGAUGUCCCGUGGUAUAAUUCAUACAGAUCAUCUGAGUGCUCCAAAUUGGCAUUUGAUGGGAAAGCUCACCUGACCCAAUGCGAUACCCUUCGUCCAUCCAUCUGUCAAAAAGGCAAGGCCAGAGAUUCUCUUCCGCUUCUCCCAGCGCCGACAUCAACAUCAGGCAAGAGCGCAAAGUGCGGCUGGUGGCAGGAAAACGCCGCCAACGACUUCUGCUACCUGAUCGACUCCAAGCCCACCAAGACCUGGGAGGAGGCGCGAGACAAGUGCGCCCGCCUCAGCGGCAACCUGCUCGGCAUCGCCGACUCCCAGGAACACGCCUUCGUCCAAGGUCUUCUGCCAAAGGCUUCCUCUGUGUGGUUGGACACCACGGUUGAAGACGGCAGCGAGCAGUCGGCCCAAUCCUCACCCAAUUCCGUCCAGUCGGCCGCCGCAGAUAACCCCGGUGACCCCUCCGGCCGACGCUGCAACUCCUUACUCGGUGGCGAGGGCGGCCGGGAAGUCGGCGAUUGCGAGAAGAAGCGCGGCUACGUCUGCAAGAGACGAGUCAUUCAGACAUGUGAUAGGACCAAAGGGUGGCGCCGCUUCCGCUCCAACUGCUACAAGAAAAUGGAGACCACCAACGGUUGGCUGGGGGCUCGUUACGACUGCGUCUCGGAGGGAGGCGACCUGGUCUCCAUCGUCUCGCCUUACGAGGAAAUCUUUGUGAAGAAGCAAAUGGGCGACAAGCCCUUCUGGAUCGGACGCUCCAAUCUGAACUGCAACGAGACCUGGUGUCAGUUUUUUCAAGCGGGAGAAAAGAAGCUGACUAAGUCCGACACCGCUGUGAUGCCGACCUACGCCAACUGGUACUCAGGUCAUGACGGAAGCGCCGACGUUGCAUCCUGCGCGUACGUCAACCAAGGGGUGCACCUCUCCAGUCGGCCUGGCAAGUGGAGACAUGGUUCGUGUGGAUCCUCCUUGGCGUACAUGUGCAAGCGGUCGCCCGACGCCUGCCCGGAGGGACGGCUGUGUUCCUACAAAGACUACGGACUCGGCGUCAGUCGAGUUGAGACUUCCUUCUGCGACUCUGGCGAGUUCCUGUACAAGGACUCUUGCUAUCACUUUGAGGGGAAGGAGCGCACUUGGAAGGAGGCCGAGAAGUUCUGCCAAGACUGGAAAGGUCAACUGACCAGCGUCCACUCACUGGUGGAUGGCCAAUUCUUGGCUGCUCACGCGCCAUAUGUAGGAGGAUCGCAAUCUUGGGUGGGACUCAGGAAGAACACGGACGAGUUUGAGUGGAGCGACGCAACACCUGCAGGCAAGAUCGAGUGGGUCCCACACAGGCCGGCAGGACGUGGCGACUGCGCUGCCUUGUCGCAGACUGGACAACUUGAGGACUGGCCCUGCACCGAUGCUCGGCCAUUCAUCUGUAAAAAAGCCAAGGUCCAAGACUUUCUUCCUCCGCCGCCAGGCUGGAGUUUAAAGUGCGGCUGGUGGCGGGACCGACCCUUCUCCGACUUCUGCUACCUGAUUCAACGCAAGCCCACCAAGACUUGGGAGGAGGCGCGAGAUGACUGCCUCCACCGCGGAGGCGACCUGCUCAGCAUCACUGACUUACAUGAACAUGCAUUCAUUCAAGGUAUCUACACUUCUCUGCCGAGCGCUACCUCUCUGUGGUUGGGCGUCAACAACAACGUCACGAAAGACGGCAGCGGGUGGACUGACGGAUCCCCGUUGGGUUACAUCGUCAUGGACGGAGGUGACCCCGGCGACCUCUCUGCUGCGUCCUGUCUUUCCCUGCUCACAAGCAACGGCCGCUGGAAGUUUGACGAUUGCCAGAAGAAGAGAGGCUACAUGUGCAAGAAAAGAGGAAUUCCAGAACCGCCGCAGCAGCCUCAUGACGCAUUAAUCGAUCCCAAGGCAUCAUGUGACCCCAAAAACGGAUGGAAUCCUCACGCCUCCAACUGCUACAAGAAGGUGGAGACGCACAACGGUUGGCUAGGGGCUCGUCAGGACUGCCUCUGGGAGGGCGGCGACCUUGUUUCCAUCACCUCCAAGGACGAGGAAAGCUUUGUGAAGAAGCAAAUGGGCGACAAGCCCUUCUGGAUCGGACUCUCCAAUCUGGACUGCAACAAGGAUUGGUGUCAGUUUUUUGAAGAGGGGGAAAAGAAGCUGACUUGGUCCGACACCGGUGUGACCCCGGCCUACGCCAACAGGGACUCGCGUCAAGACGGAAGCUCCAACCUUCAGUCCUGCGCGUACGUCAACCAAGGCGUGCACUCCUCCAAUCAGCCUGGCAAGUGGAGAUAUGGCUCGUGCGGAUCCUCCUUGCCGUACAUGUGCAAGCGGUCGCCCGACGCCUGCCCGGAGGGACAGCUGUGUUCCUACAAAGACUACGGAUUGGGCUACCAUCGAGUGGAGACUUCCUACUGCGACCCUGGGGACUUUCUGUACAAGGGCUCUUGCUAUCACUUUGGGAGGAUGGAGCGCACUUGGAAGGAGGCCGAAAAGUUCUGCCAAGAAUCAAAAGGUCACCUGGCCAGCGUCCUCUCAUGGGACGAGGGCAAAUUCUUGGCUGCUCAAGCGCCAUAUGCAGGAGGAUACCAACCUUGGGUGGGACUCAAGAAGAACAAGGGCAACUUUGAGUGGAGCGACGCAACACCUACAGGCAAGAUCGAGUGGGUCCCAGACAGGCCGGCAGGACGUGGAGACUGCGCUUCCUUGUCGCAGACUGGAAAACUUGAGGACCGGCCCUGCACCAAUGCUCGCCCAUUCAUCUGUAAAGCAGCCAAGGUCCGAGACUUUCUACUUCCUCCGCCGCCAGGCCGGAGUGAGAAGUGCGGCUGGUGGCAGCACCGACCCUUCUCCGACUUCUGCUACCUAAUCCAACGCAGGCCAACCAAGGCCUGGAAGGAGGCGCGAGACGACUGCCUUCGCCGCGGAGGCGACCUGCUCAGCAUCGCCGACUCACAAGAACACACCUUCAUACAAGGUAUCUACACUUCUCUGCCAAGCGCUCCCUCUCUGUGGUUGGGCGUCAACAACAAAGUCACGAAAGACGGCAGCGGGUGGACUGACGGAUCCCCGUUUGGUUACAUCGUCAUGGACGGAGGUGACCCCGGCGACCUCUCUGCUGCGUCCUGUCUUUCCUUGCUCACAAGCAACGGCCGCUGGAAGUUUGACGAUUGCCAGAAGAAGAGCGGCUACAUCUGCAAGAAAAGCGGAAACACGGCAAAAGCGCCGCGGCCUCAUGACGGCUUUAAGGAGAUCCUUGUCUGCAACAAGCAUUCUGCUGACCUCGUGUGUGAGGCUGAGGGUCAGAAGCAAAGCCGCAUCAGCAUCCAGUCCGCCUUUUACAGUCGGCGGAGUGCUGACGUUUGCCAGGAAGAAGGCGACUCAUACAACGACUACUCAUUGGACGACGACGACUCAUCGGAAGACGAAACCACCUGCUCAGUGGAAGGCAUCCUCCCUCGCUACAGGAAACUGUGCAACGGCCAGCAAAAAUGCCACAUUGAGGUUUUGGAAGACAAGUCCUGCCCUGCCACCUCCAAAUAUCUGCAAAUGGUCUAUAGCUGCGAACAGAAAGUGUGUUUCGACAGUCUGGGCAUCGCCGACGGCAGCGUCGCAGACUCUUCCUUCAAAGCCUCCUCCUCAAUGGAAGACGCCACCCCAGAAAAAGCCCGCCUCAACGGGGAGUCCUGCUGGAAGCCGUCAAAAAAUGCCCUCGACAGCUGGAUCCUGGUGAACCUCGGCUACACGAGAAAAGUGACUGCGAUCGUGACUCAGGGCUGUAAUAGCACCGAUACUCGCUCCUGGGACAUCCCACUUGAGAUGAGACUGAGCGUUAAUAGGAGGCAGUGGACCAAACACCCGGACGGGAAGUUCAUCGGGGGUGUGACUCAUCUGCUUGAGACGCCCGCGUUCGCUCAGUACGUCCUCAUCCUGCCGCUGGAGAAUCGUCCAGAAUUUGGCCUCCGCUUUGACAUCUUGGGAUGCGCACAUGAAGAUGAGACGACCUGCGCCAGAAAGUUCAACAGCGUCCGCUUCACCGAUUCGAUGACCUUCUACUGUCCACCAGGCUGUGCCAAAUACUUUGUCGCUGGAACAUUGGUCUACUCUGCGGACUCGCACAUCUGCGCGGCCGCCAUUCACGCUGGAGUCAUUGAGAACAACAUCGGAGGAGAUUGCAUUGUGAUGAGCACUCCCAGGCAGCACGUUUACUUGGGCUCCACCAGGAACAGGAUCACCUCCGGACAUUUGAACAACCCACUGGGUGUGUCUUAUACCUUUGCGGACGGGGAGCCCAGAUGCUCGGCACCCGACUGGGUGGAGUUUGCGGGGUUCUGCUACAAGCUUUUUGACGACAAAAUGGAAUGGUCUGAUGCUCAUCUGGUCUGCCGUGGUUUCGGUGCCGAACUGGUGUCCAUCCGCACCGAGGUGGAGCAGGCGUGGGUGAAAAGUGUCUCCCACCUUGAAACCAGCGACAUGUGGACCGGACUGAACGACCUGGCGCUUCCCGGCACGUUGGUGUGGUCGGACCGCCACCAGGUGACCUUCACCCACUGGGCCGCGGGAGAACCCAUCCACCGCGUCGGCCUCGACCAACACUGCGUGGCUGUGUUACGGCAGACUGGAAGAUGGAAGCCAAUGUCCUGCGCCCAAGUCAACAGCUUCAUGUGCAAAAUGCCCAUAGCACAUUUUCCAAUUGCCUCACCGCAGCCACUGGUGGCGCCGUAGAGUCCCCCUGGCUGUGUCAGUUCCUAACGGCCCAAGAGCCCAUGGAGAAAAUUGACAAUGCAAGCGAGUCAUCAUCGAAGACAAAGAUUGAAUGCCCUUCCUGCUGUGCUCUAAAGAAAUAGUAUCACCAUUGUAACAAAACCAAAAAAAGACAAAAAAUAUCACUAGCUCCGGCCGACAACAUAUCCGAAGGUCUGGAGAGAGAACUUAUCAUAAGUGUUUUUAGCAUUUAGCUUAGCUGUUGUCAACCAACUAGAGGUCGUGUCCAGAUGCAAUGUGAACGAGCGUGCUAUGUUCACUUACACUCGACUCUACUUGGUUUGUCCUUUUCUCAUUUUUUACGCGCUUGACUUAACUUUGACUGCCUUUUCGUAAAGUUACUGGCUCAAAGAGCAAAACACAUUGUACAGACAUUCCAGCGCUUUCAAAGAGCCCACUCGUAAGAACGGGAGAGACGAGAAUCGUCUCGAGGCUGGAAUGAAAGUCCAAAGUCGGUUAUUGCUAUCUUUCAUGGUUUUGUUUUUAUUCGUGUCGUGUUGUCUUGUCCUCAUCGCCUUUAAAAAGCGAGCCGGGACUUGGGAGCCUUUUGUUUGAAAGAAAAGCUUCUAUAGAAUGUAUGAUUAGAAAUAAUGAAAUUUGAAUCACUAGAGAGCUAUGUUACUGCCAAUGAUGUCUGCGACUGUAGAAAUGUCUCUGGAAGUAUUUUCCAUCAUUUUCUAUGGUCUCUUACCGCAUCUACAAUUCACUGUAUAUCAUGUCGAUUUAGAUCCACUUUUUACAUUUUUUGAUUACUGAUUGCAGUGUUUUAAUUUUAUUUUUUUAAUUAAUCUAAUUAGAAUUGGUUUCUACUGCUGUUGUAGAAAUUUCAAAAUAAAAGCUAUUGAUUACGACAUUUUUCGAUUGAUUCAAACCGUGGCAACUCAACCGUUCAGUUCAUUCUGCCACAAAUUUUUGCUAAAUUUAAAAACAAAAGGCACAUUUUUAAAUGAACUCUCAAUGGAUUUGGUUGAAUGAAUUUUUUUGCAACACUCACGCACGCCUGUCUGAUAAAUCUGAACCAACUCGUAUUUGAGACUUCCCUGUCUGGGACUGUUUGAUAAAUCUGAAUAAACUCGUA